AAUAUAUGACAUGUGUAUAGCCCAAGAAGUCUCAUCUGAUGGGAUCCAUGAGAGUCUUCUGGCUGUAUCUCCUCUCCUUGGCGUAUUGGGAAAGUGAUCAGGCAUGCCCUACUCAAGUCAUACUGCCCUGUAUCUGUUUCAACGAUUAUGACGAGGAAGUAAGCGUGGAUUGCUCGAACGCCACAACGAGCGCGGAGAUCUGGAGGGCCUUCAACGGAGACUCCUGGCCAUCCUCUCCACUUUCGCGUUUUAUUCUAUUGCAUAACAAAGCAGUGAUGGAGCUUCCAAAUAGAAUGUUCGGGAACCUCGCCUUCCAGAAGAUAGAACUUUACUCAACUAUACUGGAGAGCGUCCAUCCGUCGGUCAUCCUGUCAUCUAAGGAUUGGCUUGUAACACUGAAAAUUGGUUUCAGCCGCCUCAAGGAGUUUCCCUUUUAUCUUCUUCCGUGGCUGCCCCAUCUCAGAGAGCUACACCUAUUGGGCAACCACUUAACCAAGGUCCCGACCCUAAGGAGUCCUAGCCUUCAGUUACUCUACCUUCAAUUAAAUGAAAUUUCCGGAAUGGAGGAAGGAGAAUGGACGACGCCGGAAUUGAGGAUAUUCUUAAUGGAUUCGAAUCCCAUCGUGAAGUUGCCCGCUUCUGUCAUGAAGAGCCUUCAGAGUCUCGAGACGUUUCAAUGUGGUGGGUGCCAUUUGGGGCCCAAUCUUCCCCCUGGGGCAUUAGCCUUCCGAAGCAAGACCUUGAGGAAGGUAAUGCUCUCCUGUAACAAUAUCUCAAGACUGGAUCCGGGAGCUAUAACAGGUCUCGGAUACAAUACGACUGUUAUUCUGGACUACAACAAUAUUGAAGUAAUGGCUGAGGAGAGCUUCCGCCCCGUCCUUGAGAUUCUCUCGCUCCUGGAUGGAUUCCUCUCCCUCACUGGGACUGCCAAAGAUGGAACGGUAUGUCGGGAAACAGGAGAUUACUGCUGCGAGUUGGCAAGUACGGCAAAGACAAGUGGUUCAACGACAGGUGAAGAAACGAAUGGAGAAGUGAAAGAAAAUGGAGAAACAAAUGAAGAAGUCUGCCUAUGUCCUGACACUGAUGGAUACUCCUGCGUAGAAACAAAUGUGGCCGUCUGUGAUCCAGGCUCUGUCAUCCACUUUGCCUGUCCAAAGUAUACCCAACUACAAUCCACCAUCAAUGGUCAACUCUUCCUCUUUCAAUCCAUGGGAUUCCCUUCUUCCCAAGACAAAGAAGAAUUGGAGAGAAGGAUCAGGGGCAAUGUACUGAAGGAAGCCAAACGUGGAUCCGCUGGUUUCAGUGUGGAGAUUCGAAGUUAG